ACUGCAAAAAAAAAGCCAUGAACAAACAGCUGCCAGUUUUGAUACAUAAAACACCCUUUUUCUGCUCCAUUCCUCUCUCUCUCUCUCUCUCUCUCCACCUUACUACUUUCCCUCUCUAAAAUGUCCUCCCAGCUGGCCAAAACUUGCGUUUUUUUUAGAGAAGGGGAAAAACAAACAAAAGAGAGAGAUAGCAAAUUGGAGAGAGAAGAUAGGUAUGUCUGCAAUUGUCCCUCCAAUCAAACUCCCACCACACCACUUUCUCAAACCCAAAACUUUAUUCACUUUCCACAAUUGCCCUUCUGUAACAUUCCAUCUUCAUCACUCAUUUACUCUGUAUUCUUAUCUCCCACCUCCAUGGGCCUUUUCGGGUUCUCACAACCCAGAGAGUUUCUUCUCGCAGACCCGAAAAAGAACAGAUAGAUAUCCAUCUGUAUACACACAAAAAGACCAUCUCUCUUCAUAGUUGCCUUUAUUAUUUAUUUGUUUUUAUUUAUUUAUUAUUAUUUGUUAUUAUUCCUCCCCCUCCUCCUCUGUCUCUCUCUCUCUCCUCUGUCUAUCUGGAAUCGAAAACCUUAUCUCCUUUUUCGAUUUGGGUUUUCGUUUCCUUUGCUUAAUCUCUAAGGUUUUAUCUAUGGAGAUUGAUUUAUAGUUUUUCACAAAAAAAUCGUAUUUUUUAUUUCCUGUUUGGAUGUGGAUUUAUAGUUUUUCACUAUUUAACGGUCAAAGAUUCGGGCUUUGAGCAGGAGAUGAAAAGGGUUCAACUGGGUUUUGAAUUUGAUCGCUUUUCUCUCUUGAAUUUUGUUGAUUUUUUGUGAUUAAUUCGGGAUUUUGAAGAGGAAGAUGAAAAGGGCUGCUGGCAAUUCCAAGCAGUCUCAGCCUGCUGAUGAGGAAACUAGGAUGAAGUUCAGACAUGAAAGUCUUCUGCAAGAUUACCUCGAACGACAAAAGGAAUUUGUAUCAAAGAAGAAGAAGUUGCAAGCUGCAAAGCAGAAGAGAGACAUUCUUUUGGCAGAAACUCGAUUUUUGAGACGAAGGCAUAGCCAUAUGCUGAAGAUAAAAUCAGCAGAAACCGAACCAGAAGCCCGACAUCAGAAUUCUGAUGUACAACCUAAGAAGUUGGCAAAGAAGAGGAGAAAAGAUGCCAAUGAAGCUGUUCUAAAUAAACCCUCUCAUGUCUCGCCGGAAGAAGGAACGCAUUGUUUCGGAGCCCGGAAGAGUAGAGAGGAAGCCUAAAAAUUGUGUAGUUAACGACAAAAGGGUUGGAAAGAAAAAAAUUGCAGUGCAAGAUCAGGUUGCUCUGAAUGUUUAAAUUACUUCGUUUACAGGUAAUGGAGAAAUUUCUCUGUUUUAGUGAAAGCCAAAAGGCCCUCAAUAAUCCCAUUGUCAUUCUUUUUCGGUUUUA